AUUUUUUAAAAACUACCUUAUUAGUGCUCAUGCGCGAGAAACAAGUGAAACGCCAGCUAUCAAAUCCUUGCACCAUCGGUGGACAUUACACAAAAUGUGUUAGCUACUUAGCUUUCACUGACUUUUCUCUUAUGGCACACCCGAUGUGGUAAACAAAGCCUUUAUUAACCAGUCGCCAUCACAUCCACCUAGCACUGAGUCGACCCCUCUGACUCUGUAACUACUCAGUCAUGGACAAAGGUUUGGUACCAGGUAGGACCAGUUCGGUCUCAGAGAUGGAGGGGAUAUGUGUGAUACCAGAUAUGAGUGGCAUCAAAUCGGAACACCCGGUUGGGAGUGCGGACAACACAGGUGCACAGAACGUGGCCAUGGGGAUCAAGUUCAUUCUGCCCAACCGCUUCGAUAUGAAUGUGUGCUCAAGAUUCGUCAAGUCACUCAACGAGGAGGACAGCAAAAACAUCCAGGACCAGGUCAACUCCGAUUUGGAGGUGGCUUCUGUUUUAUUUAAAGCCGAGUGUAAUAUUCAGACGUCACCCUCACCUGGGAUACAAGUGCGUCAUGUUUAUACCCCGUCCACCACCAAACACUUCUCUCCCAUCAAACAGUCGACAACACUCACCAACAAGCACCGUGGUAACGAGGUGUCCUCCACUCCUCUUCUGGUCCACUCUCUGUCCAUUCACCAGCUAGCAGCACAGGGUGAAAUGGUUUUCCUGGCCAGCAGGAUUGAACAAGAGACCGUGAUUAACCUGCAGGAUGAGGAAGGCUUCACCCCCCUGAUGUGGGCUGCAGCACAUGGACAGAUUGCAGUCGUAGAGUUCCUGCUUCAGAACGGAGCGAACCCCAACCUGUUGGCUAAAGGCAGAGAGAGUGCUCUGUCUCUGGCAUGCAGUAAGGGAUACACAGACAUCGUGAAGAUGCUGAUCGACUGUGGGGUGGACGUCAAUGAAUAUGACUGGAACGGAGGGGCUCCCGUGCUCUAUGCUGUCCAUGGGAACCAUGUACCCUGUGUGGAAAUCCUCCUAGAACGUGGAGCAGACCCCACCAUUGAGUCCGACUCUGGCUUCAACGCUAUGGAUAUGGCUGUGGCAAUGGGCCAUAGGAAUGUUCAACAGGUGAUGGAGGCCCAUCUACUGAAGCUGCUGAUGGGGAUGCGAGAGUGACCAGAGCCCAGGAAAAAGCCACUAACCUGGGGGACAUGAGGAAGGACUGCCUGGAAAUGGAAAUACAGUAUACAGCAGACGCCAUAAUGAAGAAAGAAAUAUGUCCAAGGACAAUAGUGAAGCACGUCUAUGAGACUCAUGUUAGGCUCAUGUGUAAAACGUUUAGGAAGCGUGUGAGUAUUUAGGCACCCAAUGUGUCUAUUUUGGGUGGCCGUUCUAUUGAGUUUUGUAACAAACCAUGUAAAUAACUUCUGAGCAAAAUGACAAUGUAAGAAACUAGUGCAUAAACCCAAAUGUCUGCACUAAUCAUGCAUUAAUAAUGGGGGAUGUUGAGUUAAUUGCACACGUCAUUUGAGAAUUCUGCCCCUCAUGAAAAGGGUAUUAGCAUGAAAGUAAACAGCCUAGUGGGUCAACUGCCGCAACUACUAACAGUGUCAACUUCUAUGCUGCUUUGGUGCCCUAGCUCCCACUUAACGGCAUUCAGCAAACCCGUGCACAUAGUCUGUGACGGAACAGUCUUGCAUCUCAAUAUCUGCAGUGCUGCUCGUGGCAACGUCAUUUCGCGGGCUACUUUUAACAAGGUGAAAUGAAGUAUAUUGAACAAAAAAUAUAUUUUUUAAAUCAACAAAUUGUUGGUCCCAUGUUUCAUGAGCUGAAAUAAAAAAAUGACUUUUUCCAUA